CCGUAGAUGACAAGAGUGUGUGCACAUUGGCGAGUGUUCUUCAUUUUUUUAUAAUUUUAUUUUUGCCUACUUGUUUUUUCUGUGGGUCUAACUUAUCUGUGAUAAGAGUUGCCAACCUUAAUACACUUAGCCUUUUGCGAAGAAAUAAAUAAUCUAAUAAAUCUCGUACUUUAACUCAAUUUGUUAUCUUAGUAUUUUGGUCGAUUCUUGUAGGUCAAAAUAUCGUCCCCACGUGUAGGAGAAUGCAAAUAUGCUGGUAGUAAAGGCAAAAAUCCCUGUACGAAAAUUCGGAUGCGGUUGGUAUGUAUACCUUUCUGUGGUAUAGAUUGAUUGAGUGUGCGGCGUCUGUCUAAUCUGUGUUUGUGAUUGUAAAGCAUCGCACAGUAAAAAAAAGUAACAAUAAAUAAUUUUUAUUAUAGUUACAAAAAGAUUGCUUAAUGAUGAAAUUAGUAGACCAAGUUGUUAGGAGUUUUAAGGUUGCCAAAGUGUUUCGGGAAAAUACAGAUAAAAUAAAUAGUAUUGAUUUUUCUCCUAGUGGCGAAACGUUAAUUUCGUGUAGUGAAGAUGAUCAAAUUGUUAUUUAUGACUGCGAUAAAGGCACACAAGUGAUUACAGUAAACAGCAAAAAAUAUGGUGUUGACUUAAUACAUUUUACACAUGCCAAGAAUACUGCAAUCCACAGCUCCACAAAAGUUGACGACACCAUACGAUAUUUGUCACUUCAUGAUAAUAAAUACAUUCGAUAUUUCCCAGGACAUACAAAAAAAGUAGUAACACUAUGUCUGUCACCUGUAGUGGAUACCUUCUUGUCAGGUUCCUUGGAUAAAACACUUCGAUUAUGGGACCUUCGUUCGCCAAAUUGUCAAGGAUUAAUGCAUCUAUCAGGAAGACCAGUGGCAGCAUAUGACCCUGAAGGUCUUAUAUUUGCUGCUGGUGUAAACUCGGAGAGCAUCAAGUUAUACGAUCUACGUUCAUUUGACAAAGGUCCGUUUGUAACAUUCAAAUUGAAUCAAGAAAAAGAAUGUGAUUGGACAGGACUGAAGUUUUCUCGUGAUGGUAAAACAAUGUUGAUCAGUACCAAUGGAUCAAUCAUCCGUCUAGUUGACGCUUAUCAUGGUACACCUCUUCAGACAUUCACUGGUCAUCUUAAUAACAAAGGAAUACCUAUUGAAGCAUCAUUUAGUCCUGAUUCACAGUACAUAUUUAGUGGAUCAACAGAUGGCAGAGUACAUGUUUGGAAUGCUGAUACAGGCUAUAAAGUGUGUGUAUUGAAUGGAGAUCAUCCAGCACCUAUACAGUGUGUUCAAUUCAAUCCUAAAUAUAUGAUGUUAGCUUCAGCAUGUACAAAUAUGGCAUUCUGGUUGCCAACUAUAGAUGAUGUUUGAAUUAAAUGUGUUAUUUUAUUCAGUGUCUACCUAACGAAACUAUGUACUUAAUGAUAAUUUUCAAAUUUAAAAACAAGUUAAUAUUUCACUUGAGAGGAACAAAAAGUUAAAACUGGAACAAAACAAAACAUUAAGCUAGGAAAUGCUACUCCACCAAAAUUAUUACAUCAGCUCUGAUAGACAUGGCUGUAUAAAAACCAUGGUUAUUAAAACUGUUUUUUUUUUCUAAUGCUAACAUUUUGUCUGACAUUCAAUAUUACAUCAUAUUAGGUAUUAAUAAAUUUUACCACAUUGAAAGUAUGUGAAACCAUUUAUUUUUUAUAACUACAUUACAAACCUACUACCUAAUACACUAUCAAACUUAUGUUUAGAAGAAUUUUCAAAAUACUGUAAUUACAAUUAGUAUUAAAGUUAUUCAAUGGUCCUCCUAAAUAUAUUAUUUGU